AUGUGCAGCCAUUUGAGCAGUAACCACAAUCUCCAUGAUCAAAACCACAGUAAGCCGAAUUGCAUGAGGAAUCACAGACUUCGUUGCUUUUUAAGGCACAGCCAGUUGUAUCAGAACAAUAAGAUUCGCAGUCUCCUCCGUCGAAAUCACAGCCUUUGUUCAUACAACUGAGGUCGCAUCGCCCAUCUCCAAUCUAAUUAA